AUGCUCAUAGGAGCACAUCGAACUUUCAGCGAAGUACGUCUUUGGCCGCUUGCUUUUGCCGUAUUGCUGGUCACAGCUGCUGCGAUUACGAAUAAGGAAGAGAUGAUUGAUAAGAAGUACUUCAGGAAUGAAAGAAUCAAAGACCCCAUCGCACCAGAAGACCUCGUGUCGGUCACACGUAUGACCAAUCCAGAGGACUGCAUCCUACGAAUCUCUCUGGAAACCCAUCCCACCAGAACACUGGUACCCUUCAUCCAGUCACAGCUUAUGCGAGCAAUCACAUGA